UUGUCAAUUUGUCAUAUGUUCUAUCCCUUAAACAGGAACGAUCCAGAAGAAUGCUGCCAUCGGCCACAACACCUGAAGCAUCCAUACUGUAAUGAAAUUCCAAUUCCAGAUGAUGACUAUUUCUAUCGUCUAUUCAAUGUCAAGUGUCUCGAUUUUGUACGCGCUUUUCCUGCACCAAGACCAGGAUGUAGAUUAGGUUCCAGAGUGCCUUUUAACACCUUAACUGGAGUGCUCGACGGUAAUACUGUGUACGGUGUCACGGAAAAGUUUGCAAGAAAAUUGCGCUCAGGAUACGGAGGUCAAUUAAGAAUGAAUCCAGUGUUUUCUCAGUAUGGGCUUAAGGAUUUGUUGCCACUGAAAUUAGAUGUUCCGGAUGAAGGAUGUACUCGUCCAAACAAAUCAAUGUUUUGCUUUGAAGCUGGCGAAAUACGUGUCAACGAACAACUUGUAUUGACAUGCAUGCACACACUAAUGGCACGCGAGCAUAACAGGAUCGCUAACGCAUUGGCAGAAGUUAAUCCUCAUUGGGACGAUGAAACUCUUUUCCAGGAAGCGCGUCGCAUUAACAUUGCUGAAAUUCAGCAUGUAACAUACAACGAGUUUCUGCCAAUACUAUUGGGAAAAGAUGUGAUGCAAAAAUUCGGGCUUUUAUUACAAAAAGAAGGUUACUGGGAUGGUUACGAUAGCACUGUCAACCCAAAUGUUAUCGACGCAUUUGCUUCUGCUGCUUUCCGUUUUGGCCAUUCGCUUCUACCAACUGCCGUUGAACGUUGGAGUAAAGCUCAUAAAUUCAUAGCUUCAAAGAGGUUAUCGGACUUAAUUAGAAGACCUCACGAUCUUUAUCGGGCUGGAGUAUUAGACGAAUACUUUAUGGGUUUAAUGAAUCAAGUGGCUCAAGCUAUGGAUGACUCGAUUACUCAAGAGGUUACUAAUCAUCUCUUCAAGAAAGUAGGCGCGCGAUUUGGCAUGGACUUGGUAAGCUUCAAUAUGCAACGUGGAAGAGAAUUUGGUAUACCCGGAUACAUGGAAUUUAGAAAAUUCUGUGGAUUGGCUGAUACACACAACUUUGAGGGAUUACUUGGCACUAUGCCUAACGAAACUGUCCAUAAAUACAGCACAAUAUUUGAGCAUCCGAAUGAUGUAGAUCUUUGGUCAGGGGGCGUGUCAGAACGUCCUCUUCCAGGUAGUAUGUUGGGGCCGACAUUUGCCUGCGUUAUUGCCACGCAGUUUAGUUAUGCGAGACGGGGAGAUCGAUUCUGGUACGAAUUGCCACAUCAACCCUCGUCGUUUACACCAGAACAAUUACAAGAAAUUAGAAAGACACGCUUAGCAAGGCUAAUUUGUGAUAAUACAGACUUAAUUGACACAAUCCAGUUAUAUCCCAUGGUUUUACCGGAUCACGAAAUAAAUCCACGUGUGCCUUGUCGAAGCGGGAUCAUUCCAAGCAUUGACUUCAGCAAAUGGGCUGAUUAUAGUGGAGCUGCCAAUAAUUUGUACACGAAUAAUUUUGCAUAUGAUCACAUAGUAGGAAAGUAGAAAUACUUGUAAACUUUAUUAGGUAUAAAUUGUACAGAUGCCAUUAAUUUAACUUUAAAGAUGCUUCUAAAAUUCCUUUUAAAACACGAAAUUAGCCCAUGGUAUAAUAAAAUUACUAUAGAAUUUGUACUUAAUCAAUUCUCUCUCUUGUCUAAUUUAAAAAAUUAAUUAUGUAUUUUUUUAAUGUGUAUUUAUUAAGAAACUUGUAGAUAUGUAUAGUUACACCGACACCCCUACUUAGAAUUAACUUAAAUCGGAGUAAUCAUCUAAUGUAUUUAUUUAUUUCCAAAUUUAUAUAUUUCAAUAUUGGUUUAAGCAUAUAGAAGACAACAUAAUAUACCUACUAUGUUAUACCAUUGAAUAACGAAAUAAUUUUUCAUUCAACGGAUAUACAUUUAUGUUGUCUGUGGUUUAAGUGAAGUCUGAUUAGUGUUUUGAUAUAUGUAAUUGCAAAAUUUCGAACGUCCUCUGAUUUAAACUUACUAUAUACAAGGUUUGCACAUCACGAGUUCUCGAUAGUUACCUAUACACCUGUACACUAGAACUCGAUCUCGCAGUGUAAACACCAUAAACACCCUGUGUGGUACUUUAUUGUAUAUAUAAGAUACCUACCUGUGUAAAAUGUUGUAAUUAAUACUCCUCCAUACAGAGUCUGAU